UACAAAGUAGCCUGUUAAGGCUGACAGGGGAGAGAUCUGUGUAGUUUACAUACAGACCUCUCCCCUUUCACUGUUCCUCGUCGAUGGCUGGGUUUCGGUGGGGAAUCUCCAUCUGGGACAUGGUGAUCGACAGCUGUAGUAUUCUGCUAUAGGGCGGCCGGGAAUGGGGUUAAAGAAUUAUUAUCUGAAACCUGUAUGCAGUUAUUACACAUCACAGCCAUUGAGAACUACUGUUUGAGCUGUGAUCGGUCACAGCUUGUCACAUGGUACAAGGCUGUUGUGAAUAGCCUUGUACCAUGUGACCUCUGUGAUCAUUCACAAAUUUCCCACGUA